AUGACUUGGAAACUCUUCAAGAAAAAUCCUGAGCCCAUCAUAGCAGGAACUGUGGCACCUGCAACCCCCACCACAACAGGAGGAUCAAUGGACAACACAACUGAGUCAGGCCCAGUGGAGAGCAAGGAGGACAUGUUUGCUCAGAUUAAAGAAAAAUUUAUGAAUGAAAUAAACAAGAUUCCAUUGCCGCCGUGGGCCCUGAUUGCCAUUGCAGUGGUAGCUGGGCUCCUGAUCCUCACCUGCUGCUUUUGCAUCUGCAAGAAGUGCUGCUGCAAGAAGAAGAAAAACAAGAAGGAGAAGGGCAAGGGGAUGAAAAAUGCCAUGAACAUGAAAGACAUGACAGGCCAGAACAAACAGGAUGAUGAUGAUGGAGAUGGCGAAGAAGAGGGUGAAGGCGAGGAGGAGGAGAAGGAACCGGAGAACUUGGGCAAGCUGCAGUUCUCCCUAGACUAUGAUUUUCAGAGUAACCAGCUCACAGUAGGGAUUCUCCAAGCAGCUGAGCUUCCAGCAUUGGAUAUGGGUGGCACAUCAGACCCCUAUGUCAAAGUCUUCCUGCUUCCUGACAAGAAGAAGAAGUACGAGACCAAAGUGCAAAAGAAGACCCUCAACCCAACCUACAAUGAGACCUUCGUCUUCAAGAUUCCAUAUCAGGAACUGGGUGGGAAGACUUUGGUGAUGGCCAUCUAUGACUUUGACCGCUUCUCCAAGCAUGACAUCAUUGGGGAAGUCAAGGUGCCCAUGAACACUGUGGACCUUGGACAGCCCAUUGAAGAAUGGAGAGACCUAGAGAGCGCAGAAAAAGAAGAGCCUGAGAAACUGGGAGACAUCUGUAUCUCACUGCGAUAUGUGCCCACUGCAGGGAAGCUUACUGUCUGUAUCUUGGAAGCAAAGAACUUGAAAAAGAUGGAUGUUGGUGGACUUUCAGACCCCUAUGUGAAGAUUCACCUGCUGCAGAAUGGCAAGCGACUUAAGAAGAAGAAGACCACUGUCAAGAAGAAGACCCUGAACCCUUACUUCAAUGAGUCCUUCAGCUUUGAGAUUCCGUUCGAACAGAUACAGAAAGUGCAGGUUGUGAUCACCGUGCUGGAUUAUGACAAACUGGGGAAGAAUGAAGCCAUUGGCAAAGUAUUCGUUGGCAACAAUGCCACUGGCACGGAGCUGCGGCACUGGUCUGACAUGCUGGCCAAUCCUCGCCGCCCCAUUGCCCAGUGGCAUUCCCUGAAGCCUGAAGAGGAGGUGGACGCAGCUCUUGGGAAAAACAAAUAG